UGACGUCACGAGAAUGCGCGGUCGUGAUUAGCGUUGAAUGAAAUUUUUCCGUUAAUUAAUUUGUUUUUAAAAAUUUACGCUCGACAGUUUACUAAAUUCACCGAUACGUGAUUUAUUUCGCGAUUAAAAAUACACAAUUCGAAGUUACUUUUCUCGAUGAUAUGUUUACGAUAAGCGUUUAUUUGUUAUUUAAACACAGCUGACAGGUGUAAAACAAUAGUUGAGUUAAUUUACCGCUUAAUCACACAGGCACAAUAAUGGAAGAAGCGAACGCUAGCGUGGCCACAUUGAUGGAUGAAAAUAAAGACUUACGCUAUGAGAUCGAACAACAGCUGAAUAUAAUCGAGUCUCAGAAACAAGAAAUUCACACUGCCGUCAGACGUAUAGAAUGUCUCGAGAAAAUGAAGCUAGAGAUGGAAAUCGAAAUAGAAGCUCUGACUGGAUUACAUCAAAUCAAAGGCAACCUGGAGUCGAAGGUUAAAGUACUCGAGAACGAUUUAUCCGUAACAAGACUGAAAUGUACCAACUUGGAAGGUGAACUAAAAGAAGAAAAGACUAAUAAUCAAGCGACCAUUGAGAAUCUACAAGCUGAGAUUACUUCGUUGAAAGAAAACGAAUCUGCAGAACAACAAGAUGAUGGAAAACAAGAAGAAUUGUUAACCAAAUUAUUAAUGUUACAAGAAACUAACCAACUGCUGAACGAUUCAAAUGUCGAGCUACAGAACCAAAAUAAAUCUUUAUCGGAUAAAACCGUCCUUUUGGAGUUAUCUCUGAACGAGAAAACACGCGAAUUAGAAGAAAUGAAGGAGAUGGUUGACGUUAAAAGUAACGAUUUGAAAUCCGCUCUGAAAUUAGUUGAAGAACUACAAGAAGAGAAAACAUUACUAAACGCUGAAUUAACCUCGCUAAAGUGCCAUCCUGUCAGCACCAAUAAACGUGGUAACUCGUUAUUCGCCGAAGUAGAAGAUAAACGAUUAUCGAUGGUGAACCGAUUGGAAGCUAUGCAGAACAAGUACAGAGAAUUAAAGAAGAACUUUCUUAAAAAGAACGCUGACCUGAAAGCCUUAGAAGCGGAAAAUAUCGAACUACGUAAACAAUGGAAAGAAGAUGAAAAUGAUCCGUAUAAAAAUAUGGCUUCGUUGGUCGGAUCGUACAAGAAUCGUAUCCAAGAAUUAUGUCAUACUAUCUCGAUCCUAGAGAAACGUCCCGAGACACCGCAAAUCAUCUCCAUAUCCGAAGUUACCAACGCUCACGUCAAUUGUAUAAAAGCCCUGGUGGAUGACGAAAGAAAAAUUAAUCAACAACUCAGGAACGAGAUGGAACAACGAUCCAUUCGCGAAUUAACCCUAAAUGAGCAAUUGUUCGAUUUGAAACAAAAAAUGAAAACACUGAAGGCUCAAACGAUGAAGGAUACUGCCGAAAUGGCUGAGUUACGACAUAAUUUAGAAAAUGUCAAAAAUAAAGAAAAUAUAGCCGCUCCAGUGAACAACAUGGUUAGAAAAGAAGUCAGAAUGAUCGAAUGAAAUGAUUGUGUGAUCAGUUUGUCAAGAUUUUAGACUAAUUGAAAUACAUUCCAAAACCGUGUCAUUUUCUCUAUCAUUUUUUAUGACGUUUUUAAACUUUUCUUUGUAAAUGUUCGAUUUUUAUAAGUUUUUUCGUACUUAUUUUAAUGUUUGUACUUUGUACGUCAUUGUUUUUAUUUUAUUUUUAUGAUUUAUGUAAUAAUAUUGUGAAUAAGGUGUGUAGGUAAUUAAUUAAUCAGGGUAAUGUAAAUGUGUGUUUUAUCAUUUUACCAUUCAAAUUGAUUGAAUUGAGAGAUGUAAGAUGGGGCAAUAAAACUCGAUUUUUAUUUUAAA